AUGAAAACAGGGGAUGGAUGCAAGGUAUGUGUGACAGGAGGCAGCGGUUACAUAGGUUCGUGGCUCAUCAACAAGUUGUUGGUCAAGGGUUACACUGUUCAUGCAACUCUCAGAGAUUUGAAGAACGAGUCAAAGGUUGGCCUCUUGAAGAGCCUUCCACAAGCACAUGGAAAACUGGUUCUGUUUGAGGCUGAUAUUUACGACCCAAUUCAAUUCGAUCCUGCGAUCCAAGGAUGCCAGUUUGUGUUUCAUGUUGCUACUCCCCUCACCCAUGAACCCGGUUCAUCUCAGUACAAGAGUACUACUGAAGCAGCAGUUGCAGGAGCAGAAAGCAUUGCCAUGUCAUGCGUGAGAGCAGGGACGGUGAAGCGUCUUAUCUACACUGCGUCUGUUGUUUCAGCCUCUCCACUGAAAGAAGAUGGGAGCGGUUUCAAAGAUGCAAUGGAUGAAACCUGUUGGACUCCUCUCAAUGAUUCCUUGGAAUAUGCAUUCCUUGAUGAUCCUCUUUACAAGGAGUAUACAUAUUCAAAGACGCUGGCUGAGAAACAUAUAUUGAGCUUUGGGAAUGAUGAAAAUGGCCGAGGAGGAUUGGAAGUGGUAACACUCCCUUGUGGAUUAGUGGGAGGUGACAGCCUUCAAUCUUCUGCACUACGUAGCAUGGUAGUUUGUAUUGCACAGAUCGUGCAAAAUGAAAUGGCCUACAAAUCACUCAAGUUCUUAGAGGGAUUGCUGGGUAAAAUCCCUCUUGUACACAUUGAUGACGUCUGUGAAGCUCAUAUUUUGUGCAUGGAAAGCACCUCCAUCAGUGGAAGAUUCUUGUGUGCAAGUUCUUAUGUUUCGUUACAAGAGAUGGCUAAUCAUUAUGCUCGCUAUCAUCCAGAAUUCAAUGUCAAACAAGAACAUGAAGAUGGGCCGAAGAAGGAUAUCAAGUGGACCUCAACAAAGCUGUGUGACAAAGGGUUUGUAUUCAAAUAUGAUGCCAAGAUGAUAUUGGAUUGUUGUAUCAAAUGUGCAAGAAGGAUGGGUGAACUCUAG